AUGGUUCUUAAACUAGGACUUUGUGAAACUGCACCAGAAAUGGACCCAGAAGCUGAAGACCUGGACCAUAGUGGACUACUCUGGUCAGGCUCAGAUGGUUCUCAGGAACUUUGUGCUUCUGAACCUUUAGCAGAGUCUUACGAUGAAGACAAUGACAGUGGGUCCCCCUCAGACCCACAGAACCCUGAUGUAUCCAGGUCUGACCCUGACUCUCCAAUCUGCCCACAUGAAUCCAGAGAGACAAUCACAGAAUCUCCUCGCAUUCAAACCACUCAAACAUCAACACCCUCAUCCCCAGAGCUUCAAGGCAAGAUUUCCCGGCAACAUCUGCAGCCUUCAUCCUCCUCCUCUCUUGGCAGUGCUGCUGACAUGAUCCAGGUCCUGACCCCGAGCACAGAACAGGCCCAAGAAACCAGAGAUAGGCAGGGCCCUAGGAUUGAGAACAGGAGUGUCGAAUCUUCAGAGGAAGGAGGGAGUGCCGAAGCACCUCCUGCUUCUGUGUUCUCUGGAAUUUCAGACGAGAAUACUGAGCAGGCAGGGAGGAUAAACUUGGGUGCUGACGGAGAUCUCGGCAAAGCAGACAGGCAAAAGCUGAGACAAACACGCCUUGGUCAUAAAGAGAGCCAGUCAGAGAGACAUGUGAAGGAGACCAAGUCUAAAUGUAGGAGAAUUGCCCAGCUCCUAGCCAACGCACCCAACCCCCAAAACAAGGGAGCUGUGCUUUUCAAAAAACGUCGUCAGAGGGUCAAGAAGUACACCCUUGUGAGUUACGGAACCGGUGUUCACCCCCUCGAUAUCUUUGACCCGAUAGAGGGGGAACCUGGCAGAGUUGGAUCAGUUGAGUGUAACUUUGUGGCUUCGAGUGAUUCAGAGCUCGAGGAGCAGUUUUCUCUUUAUCACCAGCAGCAUCACUUGGGUCUAAACUGGGGACGCAUCCAGGAUAUGGAAACACUGGCAGACACAAGAGAGAAGGGAGUUUUGAUGUUCGAUCAGAGACGCAAGCGAAUGGAUGACCUCGGGUCAGAGCAUGAAGAACUGAUGAAUAAAGGAUUGACUGAAAUGAGCGUACAAGAAUUGCAAACAUCCAGAUCGCAGAACAUUUACGACAAUAGGAAAAGUUAUGUGCUCUCUUAUUUAGAUAACCAUGAAGAUAUCCAGCAGGUGAACCACUCCUCCGCUGUGCCAAAACCUUUGGUGCCAAAUAGGACUGCAAAACCUUUCCUGGGAUUUCAAGAUGGCUCAGCUGCUGCAACUGCAGACAUGCCUGUUCCUGCCACAAAGAUGCAUGAGCCAAAAUUCAAAGUACCUGUACCGAUAAACACUAACCCAAAGGUUUGGUCACCAACUGGAGACAUCAUAGCCUCAAGAGAUGAACGAAUCUCUGUGCCAGCUAUCAAGACCACCAUCCUACCAGAGUUUAAACGGAAAACUGCCAAUAAACACCCAUCCGUGUCAAGAAAAGAAUCAGAACUUCACAUUCAGAACAAAGGGGAUAGGAGGUCUUACAUUGAGUCUGAAGAAGACUGUUUUAGUUUGGGUGCUGAGGCUUGCAACUUCAUGCAACCCAGAACAAUAAAACUCAAGAAUCCACCUCCAGUUGCCCCAAAACCAACCAUCGACCCUGCCUGCCCACCUUGGAUGAUGAAGAGUUCUUCAAGUGAGCCCAUUAACCCUUCAAGAAGUCCGGUGUCACAGCCCUCCCACAGUCCUGUCAGGCCCCACAGUCAGCAAUAUUUACAGCAGCAAGAUUGGGCUCAGCCUCAGCAGGUGGCCAGCCAUUGGGCAUCGGAUCCAACACAGGCAACACUUCAAUCAGCUGCCAACGCCCGGGUUCCAAUCAGCUCCUCUUCUCUGCUUCAUCUUCAGCCAACCACAAAUAUCUGGAGUCAACAGCCGUCACAGUCCCCUGUGAGUAUGCAGGCCCGUAGUCCUACUUAUAGCCCACAUUUAGCCUCAGUGAAUAAGUCAGAGAGUGCUCCUCCACAUGCAGGAAAACCAUACGUCCCACAAGUUUCCCCAAAGGCACAAGUUCAAGUCAGAGGUAACAAUCAGGCUGGUGAUGGUCCAGCCAUGGCAGGAAAAGGUGCAAAACUAUUUGCCAAAAGGCAGUCACGGAUGGAGAAGUUUGUUAUUGAGGCUGAAACAGUGAAAGCUCACAAAACAAGAUCCCCCUCACCAACCAUGUCCCUCCCCAACUCUUGGAGAUAUUCAUCCAAUAUUCGUGCCCCACCUCCUGUGUCAUAUAAUCCUCUUCUGUCGCCGUUCCAUCCUCAACCUGCAGCCAAACAACCCCCUUCCACAAGCCCUCAGAUCAAGCCCAAAGAGAAACCUAAAUCUGCCCCCAAGCAACUCAACGCUUUAGAUAUUAUGAAACACCAGCCUUACCAGUUGAGCUCGUCACUGUUCACAUAUGAUGCAACCUCCGAGGCCAAAAGUCUGAGCCCCAAACCAACCCCCGUGUCAAAGUUUGAAGUCACCAAAAACCUUAAACAAAAGUCUGCCUCCUCUCAUUCAUUUAUCCCUUCUGAACCUGAGUCCCCUGCUAAAUCUUCUGGAUUGGUAAGUCCUCAAAAUCCCUCCACUCAAAAUGCAAGCUCAGCCCAGCCACUUUUAACUGACAAGCAUUUGGAUGAAAAGCUCGCUGACACCACUGCAGCUCCUCACACGAGCAGCCAGACAGCAGCGAGCGCUCGGCCUGCACGCACAUCCUCCCAGCACUCAACCCCUGGCGACAGCAUUGCUUCAGCUUUCUCUCCUGCAUCUCUUAUUGCCAGAGGCGUGCGUCAAAUGGCUCCUCGGCCAACAUUUUCUGCUAAGAAGCCGGGGGUGGCAGGAAAACAGUGGAAGCCUGUUGCUAUGCUUCCUUCAGUCUAA